AUGCUUUAUCCAAAGCUCUAUUGCAUCCUUGAGGUCGUAGGUGUCCCGAGGCAGAGACGCCAUUCACCCGAACAACUGACCCUAGUGCCAAUGACUCACGGAGCAGGCAUCCAUAGUCUCCGUCACUCUCCUCUCCUUCGCAUCCUCUCGCCUCCCUCCACUCUCUUCUGCUCCGCCUCUGCCCUACCGUUCUCCGACCCCCUGUCGCUCAGUCCGAAUUCCCUCGAAUCUGCCCCAUUCACCUCUUCGCGAUUACCACCAGCACCAUUGACGAGGCUGUUCGCUGUCUCUAGGCCACUGGCCACGAGUAUCCAGUCGCAGGGUGGCUAA